ACGUCUGGUUCGUUCGAAUACCUAAGUACUCUUUGCAAAGUGAUUGUGGCUGUGCAUCAAAAGCAAAUCCUGGAUGCGGGGCUUCCGGCAUAUGUAGAGAUACUAGCGAGGCUGAGAAACUCGAUCGAUAUAUAGUCUGUACAUUCACGGAGCGAUGAAGCCGAAGCGGAUAGAGCACAAGGUGAAUUCCUCUCACCGACCUCCUUGAAUAAAUCAGAACCUUGGAAGAAGCUGCGGGCCGUGCUCCGACAUCCCCGCCCGCUUGUCGUCGAACGAUGCUCAACACCUCCACCGUCACCUUUCGCUCCAUCGACCGAGACACCGGCACCGCGAUCUCCACCGAACAGAAAGAGGACUGUAGUUUGCACUAUGCCGUCAUCAGAGACUACAUCGACGAAAUCCAGAGAAAACCUCUAUUCCCGAUGCGAUGGACGCGGACGAGGCGUCGUCGCUCCACCUCCGAACUCCUCGGUGCUGUAGAGCAGGUCUCAGACUAUAUCAGAUGGCGGCCAUACAAGAUAACAGAUGGGGUAGAUGGAAUCUGGCUGCUGUCUGAGGCUUCAAUCGAGGCGCAUGGAUCUGACGGAUCAGGGACAGCUAUCCUCACCCCUCAGUUCUAUCAGUCGGCUUCCAACUUAUUACAUGAGCUCAUGAGUAGGCUUGUCGAUGGCGAAGACAUUUCAACGGAUAAGCCAGAAGCAGAAUUGGCUACAGCCUCUCCUGAUGCUGUGGGACUUUGCGUCCCCCAAAGCAAGAUACGAAGCUUUGAAGCCAAUCCAGCCCUGUCCAUUUUGACAAAAUCUCUGGCAACCAGCGGGUCAUUCAUAGCCACAAGCAGCAAAAUAUCAGAUGAUGAGUUGCAAUAUCUUGCGGCGGCCUAUCAAUCAGGAGAUCAAAAUGAGAUGGCAAAAGGAGUCACGUUCGAGGAUGACCCCGAUGAGCAGGCGUUUGAAGGAGCUGUUGCUGGAGAAGAACCGAGCAAUACUGCGAAUGAUUGGGUCUUUGAGUAUCUUCGCGGCGGUAUGCUGUCACAACCGCAAGCCAAUCCUCGUGUCGAAGAGUAUGAGUCUGUUGCAUCUUUUGCUUUUACGAUGGAUGAGAUAUUUCCGCAAACGAAGAAACUUCCACGGCACCGGCACCUCGACUUCAACGAAUCUUCUGUGCAUGGGAAAAAUAGUGGCCAUAGCCUGUUUGGACAAUCUAACCAAUCCGAACGCGACUUCUUCAAAACACCAAAGUCAAUCAUGAGUGGAAAUAGCCCCUUUCGCACGCCACACUCUCGUCUCGGGGGGCUAGAAAGGGCAGUUCAGCCAGGGUCUCCUUCAGCCUGGAAUAAGUACCUUAGAGAAAUAGGUCUCAUUCCAGACCCAUUCGAUGAGAUGGACUGGUCCGGAAGAGGUCAGCACGCCGAGUUUAAUGCUAAUGAGGAAUCUGAUGUUCCCCUCACGCUCGAGAAGGCACUAGGACACAGCGCAACGGCACUAGUGGAAAGCGUACGCUGUCGGCGCAUUCGCCUUGCUCGUAAGACUGUCAUGGUAUCAAGACGCUUGACGAAAGAGGAAGUCAUCAAAGAAGUUGAGAACCUACAACGGCUAAAACAUCCACACGUUAUUCGUGUCGUUGGUACAUACACGCUACCUCGUAAAUUAUCGAUUCUACUAUAUCCUGUUGCUGAGUUCACUCUGGACUAGUUCCUGGAAUCUAUCGAAGACGAACCAAGCGCUGAAAAGAAAUCGGCUCGUUUGUACUCUGUGUCGACGUUUCUGAGAUGUCUCGCAAAGGCACUUGCGUACAUCCACGAAAAUGCAAUGAAACACAUGGAUGUCAAACCGAAGAACCUUCUCGUUCGGGAUUUGAGAAGCAGCACUAUCUGCAACCAAGGACAUUACAAGAUCUACAUUGCAGACUUCGGUAUCGCUCGUUCCUACCGAUCGAUAGAGGAAUGUAAUACCGAAUCUCCCAUCGCAUUUACCAGGAUCUACGCCGCGCCGGAAGUCGUUGCACAGGAACGAAGAGACCAGAAAGCUGACAUCUUCUCUCUCGGAGCCGUUUAUUGCGAGAUGCUUGCUGUCUUAGCACAAGAACAUACAGAAACCUCAAAUCUAGAUGUGCUCACAAACAUCCGCGAGGCCAACCUCGCUGGAAACAAAGCCUACUACGGUAACAU